AAUAAGAGAAGGAAAAAGGGAAAAGAAAAAGAAGAUCAGGUAAAGUCUCUCGCUCCGGCGCCGCUGCUGUUGAUUACACAAGUGAAUGAAGCGUACAAGUAGAUAGGAGAUGCGGUGGAGAUAUUAUGCAAGGCCUCCACCACCAACAGCAGCAACUCGCGGCGCUCCUCACGGCUGCCCUGCCCAAGGACGACUCCACCAAAACCACUCCUACUUCUUCCUCUCCGCCUUCUGAGGAAGACGAAUCCUCUCGCCUCGCCGCCAUCACUUCUCUUCAUCGCGCCCUACUUUACCCCCCAAACUCACUCCUAGUUACGCAUUCCGCAUCCUUUCUCGCUCAAGGCUUCUCUCAGCUGCUAACCGAUAAAUUGUAUUCAGUGCGUCAUGCAGCAGCAGCAGCAUAUGGAGCUUUGUGUUCUGUGUUGAGUUCAUUCUUGCUAUCCUCAAAUGGAAGGCAGCACAAUGUUUUACUUGGCAGUUUGAUUGAUCGUUUUAUUGGUUGGUCGUUGCCCUCUCUGAGCAAUACAAGCAAUGGAACUUCAGAAUUAGCUUUGGUGAGCCUUCAUGAGUUUCUUAAUGUUGGAGAGGGUGGAGCUGUUGAGAGAUAUGCUUUGCCAAUUCUUAAAGCCUGCCAGGAACUUCUUGAGGAUGAGAGAACCUCCAUGAGUGUACUUCCCAGGAUUCUUGGUGUAUUAACAUUGAUUUCAUUGAAGUUUAUUAGAGUUUUCCAACCUCACUUCAUGGACAUUGUUGAUCUACUUCUUGGGUGGGCAAUGGUUCCAGAUGUUGUUGAAUCCGAUAAGCGUGUUAUCAUGGAUAGUUUCUUACAAUUCCAGAAACACUGGGUAAAUAAUAUGCAAUUUUCUCUGGGAUUACUUUCAAAGUUUUUAGGCGAUAUGGAUUUGUUACUCCAGGAUGGAUGUCCUGGUAGUCCUCAACAAUUCAAAAGAUUGCUUUCCCUAUUAUCUUGCUUCUGUACAGUUUUAAAAUCCCUGGCAUCUGGUUUACUGGAAAUUAAUUUUCUUGAACAAAUAGGUGAACCCCUUUCCCAAAUGGUGCCUCUUUUACUUAGAUGCUUGUCUAUGAUUGGAAGAAAAUUUGGAUGGUCGAAAUGGGUUGAAGAUUCCUGGAGAUGCUUGACAUUGUUGGCAGAAAUAUUGGGUGAAAGGUUUUCUACGUUUUACUCUCUCGCAGUGGAUGUAUUGUUCCAAAGUUUAGAAUUGGAGAAUGCAAAUCAAGUUCAUACCAAAAAGAUUUCUUCAUUCCAGGUUCAUGGUGUUCUGAAAACUAAUCUGCAAUUGUUGUCACUUCAAAAGCUUGGUCUUACACCAUUGUCUGUGCAGAAAACACUACAUUUUGAUAAACCCAUAUCUCAGUUCCGUUUACAUCCAAAUCACCUCGUGACUGGAAGUGCUGCAGCUACAUAUAUCUUCUUGCUUCAGCAUAGAAAAAAUGAUGUUGUUGAGAAAACCAUUGAUUCUAUAUUUGAAGAGUUACAGUCAUUGAAGAGCAGGCUUGAACUUAAUUCAUGCAAAGGGGGUGGGCAUGAAUGGACAGUAGCUUCCAGAAGUUAUUCUAAAUCUGAAUUGGUUGUUUUGAUUAAGUUUGACUUGCAAGUACUCUUGAGCUGUGUUUCUGUAGGGGGAGAUGAUAGUUUCAUUAGACAAGCAGAAGCUGAUGCUUGGUUAGUUGGCAGAGCAGAAAAGUUGGCAUCCUUUUUAAUUAAUAAGUUUGAUCCCUUUAGCUUUCCUAUCCAAAGCAGUGUAUUGUUACAAGUUACUCUUCUAAGAACAUUGGAACGGCUUGCUGCUAUUGAGUUCAUGGGCAAGUGCUUCACAAGAAAAGAAAAUACCUUGAUGAGUUCUCAUGACACAUCAUCUGGGACACAUGUGGAGGAGGAGAACAUUAGAGUUCCAUAUCCAGCAAGGGUUCUUGGUCAUGUGAGAAGGUACUCCAAACUGCUUAUAAGAGCUCUUGAUAGUUCUUCUCCUUUGGCAGUCAAAGUAGAAGCCCUAAAAUGGAUGCAAAAAUUUUGUGAAAAUGUUAUUGACAUAUAUAGAAAUGCAAAAGCUCCAUCUUACCCUUGUCAAGUAGUUUCAUCCUGGAAAAUUACUGAGGCUUUGCUAUUAUCAACUCUGGCUGCUGCUUCAGAUAGGGAACCAGAAGUCAGAUAUCUAGUAGCAACAGUUCUUGAGAUGCUUAUGAGAGCAAAAGUUAUCCAUCCCAUGCACUUCCCUAUUCUUGCUGAAGUGAUCCUUGAAAAACUUGCUGAUCCAGAAAAGGAAUUAAAAGAUGCUUAUCUUAAGUUGCUUUCUCAUGUUUUACCUACAACAGUAUAUGUUUGUGGUCUUUGUGGUUGCGGAGAAGCUAAUACAAGCCAGCUUCAACUUACUCUAUUGACCAAUAGAUCUUUUUUGCACUGGAAGCAAGUUUUUGCCUUAAAGCAGCUGCCCCAGCAAUUCCACUCGCAGCAACUUGUUUCUAUCUUGAGUUAUAUUUCACAGAGAUGGAAAGUACCCCUCUCUUCUUGGAUCCAGCGACUCAUUCAUACUUCCCGGAGCAAAAAGAAUCACCAAUACAUUCAGGCAGAGGAAGUAGAAAAUAUUGAUGCUAGUGGUUUAUGGUGGGACAUCAAAUUUGAAGAAGACAUUCUUGAAAAAAUUUGUUCUGUUAAUCAUCUUGCUGGUGCGUGGUGGGCUGUACAUGAAGCUGCUAGAUUUUGCAUUACUACUCGUCUCCGAACUAAUCUUGGGGGGCCAACUCAAACUUUUGCUGCCUUGGAGCGUAUGCUUCUUGACAUUUCUCAUUUGUUACAGCUGGAGACAUCACAAAAUGAUGGAGCUUUAAAUAUAAUAGGUUCUUAUGCUCAUUUAUUGCCUAUGAGAUUGUUACUAGAAUUUGUUGAGGCCUUGAAGAAAAAUGUAUAUAAUGCAUAUGAAGGGUCAAUGGUCUUACCAUCCACCUCACAGACCAGUUCAUUGUUUUUCAGAGCUAAUAAAAAAGUUUGCGAGGAGUGGUUUUCUCGAAUAAGUGAACCGAUGAUGGAUGCUGGAGUUGCAAUCCAAUGUCAUGAUGCUACAACUCAUUACUGUAUGUUACGUUUGCGUGAUAUCAGCAACAUUGUGGCUUCUGCACUGACAGAUAAGUCUAGAGUCCAGGUGACUGAAAAUCUGCAGACUAUUAGAGGGAGAUAUGCUGGGGAUAUUUUCAGAACCAUUCGGAAUUUGGCACUCGCUUUGUGUAAGAUGUAUGAACCAGAGGCUUUGAUUGGGUUACAAAAAUGGGCAGCCAUGGUAUUCUCUCCCUUGUUUGCCGAUGAAACCCAAGGUUCUAUUGAAAAUACCGACUGGAGGCACUUUUCAUGGAUUACUGGGCUUGUUUAUCAGGCAAGGGGCCAGCAUGAAAAAGCAGCUGCUCACUUCAUUAGUUUGUUACAGACUGAAGAAUCAAUCACUUCUUUGGAUUCUGAUGGUGUACAGUAUGCCAUUGCACGUAUAAUCGAGAGUUAUACAGCUAUUUCUGAUUGGAAAUCUCUUGAUUCUUGGCUGCUGGAGCUGCAAAAUAUUCGUGCUAAGUACGCCGGGAAGAGUUAUUCUGGUGCUUUGACUACCACAGGGAAUGAAUUAAAUUCAAUUCAAGCCUUAGCUCGUUUUGACGAGGGAGAUUUCCAGGCAGCUUGGUCGUACCUUGACCUGACCCCCAAAAGUAGCAACGAACUCACCCUUGAUCCCAAGCUGGCUUUGCAAAGAAGUGAGCAGGUGCUUUUGCAAGCAAUGCUUCACCACAAUGAGAGGAAGGUGGAAAAGGUGCCUAGUGAGUUGCAAAAGGCUAAAUUAAUGUUGGAAGAGUCGGUUUCUGUUUUGCCACUUGAUGGACUGGUGGAGGCAGCACCACUUGUCAAUCAGUUGUAUUGCAUUUCUGCAUUCGAGGAAGGUUGUAAACUUGGAGACAGUCAGGGCAAGCACUUUCCAUCAUUGUUAAGCUCAUAUAUUGAAACCAUGCAGUUUCCUUGUAACCAAGUCCACCAGGACUGCAGUUUGUGGCUUAAUGUUUUGCGUGUUUGUCAGAACACGCUCUCAAAUUCUCUGGUUACUCUUGAAUUUUGUAAGAAUUUAGUGAUUUUAGCACGAAAGCAGGAGAACUUAAUGCUGGCUACCCGUCUCAUCAGCUAUCUCAACGGCCAGGUCUUAUCAUACUCUAAUGAAACUACUCUUGAUUAUUUCAUCUCUUGUCUCGAAUAUGAAAAUAUUCUACUCAUGCGAGUUGAGGACAAGGUUGAAGAUGCAUAUAAAAGCGUAUGGUCUUUUGUGCGCCCUUCCAUGCUUUCUUUUACAGCGGCAUGCAUUUCUCAAGAUAAUGUUCUGAAGGCCAAGGCAUGCCUAAAACUCUCAAACUGGUUGCUAGAAGAUCGUAUAAAUAAAAAUUUGGAGGAUAUUGUUUACGAGAUGCAAGAAGACUUUAGCAAGAGCGAACUUUCUUCUCCCAGCAAAGACACACUUGCCUCUUUUGAUGGCAAUCAAGGUUCUAAAUCUCGAUUAAAUCUUAUCAUAGAUGAACUUGUUGGUACUGCUAGAAAGUCUUCGACACUUCUGUGCCCUAUGAUGGGAAAGUCUUGGAUUUUGUAUGCUUCGUGGUGUUAUAAUCAAGCUAAAACAUCAGUCUCCUCUAAUGGGGAUGCAGCUCUUCGUUCUUGUUCUUUUUCUCCCAUCCUUGCUCCUGAAAUUCAACCUCAUAAGUUUAGUCUGACGGAUGAAGAGAAAUUGUGUGUUAAAGAAGUAACGCUACAGCUAAUUCCAGUAACGUCUUACCAGGAGUUACAUGAAGAGAGUGCAGAUGGUAAGGUAUCUGUUGCUGAAAGCACAGACUAUGAGAAUGAAAGGACGUCUUUACUGCAGCAAAUAAUAGAUGUUAUUGAAACUGCUGCUGGAGUACCUGGGGCAGAGAACUGUUGCAGGGAUGACCUAUCUGCUGCACUGUCUUCUCAGUUGAAGAAAUGCUUUCUAACUUUUAAAGUUGCUGCAGGUAUGGAAAAACUAGUACCAUUGGUGACUGAUUUGGCUAAUGUUUGGUGGUCUUUGCGUAGGAGAAGAGUUUCUCUCUUUGGUCAAGCUGCUCAAGCAUUUAUAAAUUAUCUUUCAUGUUCAUCUUUUAAAAGCUCUGAUUGCCAAUCAACUUGGCAUGAUGUUGAGAUGAAGUAUAAGCAUGUGAGUUACACUCUGAGGGCUACACUUUAUGUACUAGACAUUCUGGUCAACUAUGGAGUCGAAUUGCAAGAUAAUCUUGAGCCAGCUCUGUCAAAGGUUCCUUUGCUACCAUGGCAGGAAAUAGCACCUCAGUUGUUUGCUCAAUUAAGUUCUCAUCCAGAUAAAGUGGUGAGAAAGCAGUUAGAGUCAUUGCUUGCCAUGUUGGCUAAACAUUCUCCAUGGUCACUGGUAUACCCAACCCUCGUCGAUGCAAAUUCACCAGAGAAGGGACUUUCUGAGGAGUUGCAGAGGAUUCUUGCUUACUUGAAAAAGCUUUACCCAAAUUUAGUGCAUGAUGCUCAGCUGAUUAUAAAAGAGCUUGAAAAUGUAACUGUCCUUUGGGAGGAGUUGUGGCUUGGUACACUCCAGGAUCUUCAUCCAGAUGUGAUGAGGCGCAUAAGUUUGUUGAAAGAGGAGGCUGCACGAAUUGCAGAAAGUACUACUCUCACUCAUUGUCAGAAGAAUAAAAUUAAUGCUGCGAAGUACUCAGCUAUGAUGGCUCCCAUUGUUGUGGUAUUAGAGCGGCGUUUGAUGUCCACUGCUCGAGAACCUCAAACGCCUCAUGAAGUUUGGUUUGUUAAGGAGUAUCAGGUGCAAAUUAGAUCAGCUCUCGCAAAAUUUAAGAUGCCCCCUGCAUCUAUUGCAGCAUUAGGAGAGGUUUGGCGACCAUUCGAGGCUGUUGCUACCUCCUUGGCAUCUUAUCAGAGGAAGUCCUCAAUUUCUUUUGGAGAGGUUGCCCCACAGUUGGCAUUGCUGUCUUCUACUAACGCUCCAAUGCCUGGUCUUGAGAAGCAAAUUGUGUUAUCUGAAUCUGAAGGUCUCUUGGACAGCUUUCACCAGGAAAUAAUAAUGAUUGCUUCUUUCUCUGAACAAUUAACCAUUUUACCAACUAAAACUAAGCCAAAGAAACUCAUUAUCAUGGGUUCUGAUGGUUUGAAGUAUACAUAUCUUUUGAAAGGACGAGAAGACCUGCGCCUUGAUGCCAGAAUUAUGCAGCUACUGCAAUCUGUAAAUGGUUUUCUGCAAUCAUCAUCUGCAACACGUAGGCAGUCACUUGGUGUCCGUUAUUACUCUGUAACGCCUAUUAGCGGCCGAGCUGGAUUGAUCCAAUGGGUGGAUAAUGUUGUCAGCAUUUAUUCUGUUUUUAAAUCAUGGCAGGAAAGAGCCCAGCUACAACAGCUUUCUGCACCAGGUGCUGGUACAAAUGCUGCAGCGCCGCCUCCUCCCGUUCCCCGGCCCAGUGAUAUGUUUUAUGGAAAAAUUAUGCCAGCACUUAAAGAGAAAGGCAUAAGAAGAGUUAUAUCAAGAAGAGACUGGCCUCAUGAUGUGAAGCGGAAAGUUCUUAUAGAUCUUAUGAAUGAGACUCCUAAGAAGCUUCUGCAUCAGGAGCUUUGGUGCUCCAGUGAAGGAUUUAAAGCCUUCAGUUCAAAAUUAAAAAGGUUUUCUGGAAGUGUAGCAGCAAUGAGUAUUGUAGGCCACAUUCUUGGCCUCGGUGAUAGACACUUGGAUAACAUCCUUAUAGACUUUUCAACUGGGGAUAUUUUGCAUAUUGAUUAUAACGUAUGCUUUGACAAGGGGCAAAGGUUAAAGAUCCCUGAAAUUGUUCCGUUCCGCCUUACUCAGACAAUUGAAGCAGCAUUAGGUCUAACUGGCAUUGAAGGCUCUUUCAGGGCGAAUUGUGAAGCUAUUUUAGGUGUUUUAAGGAAGAAUAAGGAUAUAAUAUUGAUGCUGUUAGAUGUUUUUGUGUGGGAUCCACUUGUGGAGUGGACACGUGCAAAUUUUCAUGAUGAUGCAGCUGUUGUUGGUGAGGAGAGGAAAGGCAUGGAGCUUGCCGUAAGCUUAAGCCUAUUUGCAUCACGUGUCCAGGAAAUCCAUGUUCCUUUACAGGAACAUCAUGAUCUUUUAGUUUCUACCUUACCAGCAAUUGAAUCAGCCAUUGAGAGGUUUGCCAGCAUUUUGAACCAUUAUGAGAUGGUAUCUAGUGAUUUCUAUCAAGCUGACCAAGAACGAUCAAAACUUAUUCAAUAUGAGUCAUCCGCAAAGUCACUUGUUGCUGAAGCAACCAGCAAUUCAGAAAAAAACCGUGCCUUGUUUGAAUUACAGGUUCAACAGUUAAGUCAGGAACAGACCAUGGUAAUGGAGAUAGGCCGAGAGGCAGGAACCUGGAUUGAGCAGCAUGGAAGGAUUCUUGAUGCUUUAAGAAGCAGUUCAAUUCCAGAGAUCAACGCUGGCAUAAAGCUGACUGGUUCAAAUGAAGUUUUAUCUCUUGCGGCUGCCGUUACAGUUGCUGGAGUUCCAUUGACUGUAGUUCCUGAACCCACACAAAUUCAGUGCCAUGAUAUCGAUAGGGAAGUUUCUAAGUUAGUGGGUGAGUUGGAUGAUGGUCUUUCUUCUGCAGUUGCUACACUCCAAAUGUAUUCAUUAGUUUUGCAGCGAAUCCUUCCACUGAACUACCUUACAUCCAGCCCAGUGCACGGCUGGGCGCAAGUUUUGCUUUCUUUAAACAAUUUGUCAUCUGAUAUUACAUCAUUUGCUCGAAGGCAGGGUGCUGAACUUGUCAAUGACAGACUCACUGAUAGGUUUGACUCUACUAAAAGCAAUUAUGAGGAGCUGUGCGUCAGGGCAGCCAGGUAUGCUGCAGAUAUUGAGAGGUUGGAAGAAGAAUGCGCCGGACUUGUGAAUUCCAUUGGUCCUGAAACUGAAUCAAAGGCUAAGGAACGUCUUUUAUCUUCCCUGAUAAACUAUAUGCAGCACGCUGGUCUCAAGAGAAAACAAGAGUCCUCAUUUUCUGAGCCAUCCAUACAUAAAGGAACAUCUAACAUCUCAUUUCAUUGGGACAAUGAUGAGAAGAAAGAAAGUUGUCUGAAUGUUUUAGAUGCAGCAAUUAUAAGUCUGUUUUCUAAUGUUAAGCACAGGAUGCAACACAGCCUGGAUAAUUAUGGAGGGGAUAGCAGUACAAACCGUAGCUCACUGUCUGAUCUUGGAUCUUUUUUCUGUAAGUUACAAGAGCAAGUAGAAAACUGUGUACUUGUAACAGAGUUUAUUAAUGAGCUGAAAUACCUUGUUGGACUAGAUAUCCUGGGCACUGAGGUUGAUCCUGAUAGUUUGAAAGGGAGCUGGACUUCUGUUUUUAAAACCAGUAUUCUGCUUUGCAAAAACCUUCUUGGGAACACGAUUGAAGCAGUUGUACCCAGUGUGAUACAAUCUGCUAUUUCUUUAAAGCGCGAUGUUAUGGACAUAUUUGGAUCAGUCUCCCAGAUUCGGGGAUCUGUAGAUACAGCUCUUGAUCAGCUUAUCCAGGUUGAGCUCGAGAGAGUAUCCCUGAUUGAACUAGAGUCCAACUACUUUGUGAAGGUAGGUCUCAUUACUGAGCAACAGUUGGCUCUUGAGGAAGCUGCUGUAAAGGGCAGGGACCAUUUAUCCUGGGAAGAGGCUGAGGAGCUUGCAUCUCAAGAAGAAGCUUGCAGAGUGCAGCUGGACAAACUUCAUCAGACAUGGAACCAUAAAGAUCUGCGGACUUCAUCUCUAAUGAAGAAAGAAGCAAAUGUUAAUGGCGCUGUGCUUGAUUCAGAACUUCGCUUACAAUCUCUUCUUACUGCUGAACCAGGAAAUGAACCACAUGUCUUAAGAAUGAAAGCACUUCUGGCAGCCAUACUUGAGCCUUUCUCUGAGCUGGAAUCUGUUGAUCAAGAAUUGAUGUCUUCAAUUGGGCCUGUUCCACAUAGCUCAAAUAGAAUACCGUAUCUCUUGGACUCCAUAAAUUCAGGAUGCUCAGUAUCUGAAUAUAUAUGGAAGUUGCCUGGUUCACUGCAGGGUCAUGCCUUCUUUAUUUGGAAAGUUUAUAUGGUGGAUCUUCUUCUUGAUUCUUGCAUGCAAGCUAUGGCUGCAUCUUUUGAUCAGAAUUUAGGAUUUGAUCAACUUGUUGAUGUAGUAAAGAAAAAGCUCAGGAUACAAUUUCAGGAGCAUAUUACCAAAUAUUUGAAAGAUAGAGUGGCUCCAAUCUUUUUGAAAAUAUUAGACAGACAGAUUGAAAUUAUGAGGCAAAGGAGCGAGUCAGUUAAGGAUAUGGAGAAAGAUACAAUUCAAAUGGAUUAUGAUGCUGCUAGAAGUGUGCAGCUAAUUCUGGAGGAGUACUGCAAUGCACAUGAAACUCUUAAAGCAGCUACAUCAGCAGCCUCUAGCAUGAAGAGGCAGGCUGAAGAACUUAAAGAUGCACUUCUGAAGACCAGCUUGGAAGUAUCUCAGAUGGAGUGGAUGCAUAACAUCAACUCAAGACCCUCAGAAAUUACCAGGCUAAUUUCUCAUAAGAUUUUCGCUGGGGAUAACUUAUUAUCUGUUAUACUGAACACUAAUAGGGCAAGAUUGCUGGAAAGUAUGAGAUCAUCAGUUUCCACUAUAGCUAGGUCACUAGAAUCCCUACAAUGUUGUGAAGGAACUUCUGUCACAGCUGAAGGGCAGCUUGAGAGGGCAAUGAGCUGGGCUUGUGGGGGUCCAAAUCCUGGUUCUGCUGGAAAUGUUCUGGCUAGAAAUGCUGGAAUACCACCAGAAUUCCAUGACCAUUUGCUUAAACGGAGGAAAUUUUUGCAGGAAGCUUCAAAAAAUGCAUCGGAUAUAAUGCAAGUUUGCAUCUCAAUUCUAGAGUUUGAGGCUUCUAGGGAUGGCAUGUAUAGGAUUAUGAGUGAAAGUUCCUCAUUGAGGACUGGAGCAGAUGUUGGAAAUUGGCAACAAUCUUGUUUAAGUGCUGUAACAAAAUUGGAUGUUGCCUACCAUUCCUUUACACGGGCUGAGAAGGAAUGGAUGCUUGCACAAAGCAAUAUGGAAGCAGCUUCAAGUGGUUUAAUUUCUGUAACUAAUGAACUUACAAUUGCUUCACAGAAAUCCAAGUCUGCUUCAGGUGAUUUACAGAACACUCUUAUCGCAAUGAGGGAUUCUGCCUGCGAAGCUGGUGUGGCAUUAUCUUCAUAUGUGGCCAUUGUUGGAGGCCAUAGUGCUCUGACUUCUGAAUGUGGUUCUAUGCUGGAAGAGGUCUUGGCUAUAACCGAAGGUCUGCAGGAUGUUCACAUUUUGGGGAAAGAGGCUGCUGCAUUACACUCUUCACUUAUGAAUGAUCUUUCAAAGGCUAAUGCAGUCCUUAUUCCGCUUGAGUCUCUGCUGUCAAAAGAUGUUUCUGCUAUGACUGAUGCUAUGGCUCAGGAGAAAGAGAAUAAGUUGGAGAUAGCUCCUAUUCAUGGACAAGCUAUAUUCCAAUCUUAUCAUAAUAGACUCAAGGAGGCUUUACAAGUUAUUAAGCCUUUGGUACCGCCUCUUACAUUUUCUGUUAAGGGGCUUUACUCUGUUUUGACCAGGCUAGCAAGGGCUGCAGGUCUUCAUGCUGGCAAUCUUCAUAAAGCUCUUGAAGGUGUAGGAGAAAGUCUUCAAGUAAGAUCACAGGACAUUAAUCCACCGGGGGAAGAUGCUGCACAUCCUGGUUCUGAGUACGAUACCGAGGAGACGGAUAUGUUCGUCAGAUCUGAUGGAGAUAAUGAUGAAGCUUCUGCUGGUAUGAAUGAACUUGCUUUGCCAGAUAGUGAGUGGAUAUCUCCACCUGUAAGCAUCAAAAGUGGACAUGCAGAAUCAGGUGCUACUUCGGCUGAGGCAGGUCUUGUGGAUAGCUUCAGUCAUCUUGAUGUGACUGAGCCGAUUUCAGGUGCUGCUGAAGUUUUGGAAUCACUUGAUGGAAAAACAGAUUCCAACAACAAUCAGCAGGAAAGUUCUUCUGUGAAAUAUGAACAUUCUAUAUUAGAUGAAGACAAGGAGGUUGACGAGGAACUGCAGAAAACUUCCUCCAACCACAUAGAGACUGUUGAUCGAUCACACAUGGGGAAAAAUGCUUAUGCGAUGUCAGUCUUAAGGCGAGUAGAGAUGAAAAUUGAUGGCCUAGAUAUUUCUGAUAACAGAGAAAUCAGCAUUCCGGAGCAAGUAGAUUUUCUUCUGAGGCAAGCAACAAAUGUUGAUAACCUUUGUAAUAUGUACGAAGGUUGGACGCCUUGGAUCUGAGCUUCGAGAGGCUAUUCAUCAGCAGGCAGGAAGCACAAAGUUUUCCCUUGGAAAUAUACGUCCAUGAGAAAGAUUUUGUUCCAAAUCGAGGAUACAACAAGAAGAUGCAAGUAUAUUUCCUAGGAUAAAUGCAGCAGCUCUCUUGAAAGAAACUCAGCACAAUUUCAGUGAGAGAAAGAGAGAGCCUUUCCAUUGUGGCCAUGUGAAUGCUCUCUGCCAUCCUGAAGACAGAACUUCUGGGAUUGUGCUUCUUGCGAUCCGCAGAUGCAGCGUCAAGAUCGCGAACGUCAAGUGCCAUGGUGGCGUAUGUGUCAAAGGUGGGAUCCCCCUCUGGAUCUUGAUUCAAAUUUGAAGGGUUCCACCUGCACUUCGGAAACGAAGGGGUCAGUCAGAGGCGGCUCGGUUCAACAUUUCAACUCCCUCUCUAAAUCAUAUGAUCCAACUAUAUAUGUAAUCUUAAAGGACUCUUAGUUGUUGUGUUUAGAACUCAGAGCUCAUCAUCAUUUCACUUGAGAAGUGUGAUAUUGAAUUGUCCCAAAAAAUCUUCACUACUGAUUUAACUCUUCAAGCACUCUUUAAACAAGCCCCAAAUAAAUACUCCCUUGGUCUGUCA